CACGAAAAAAAGGACGAGAAUCGCAUGUUUAUUAUGGUACAUGUUUAAUCGCACGCGGUUGAUGAAAACUAUGCGGAGAACGUGGAGAUGGGAAAGUUCCUCAGAGGAUCCGUUAUUUUCCGGGUAUUUCAUCAUGGGGCGUAGUGAUUCCCUGCAGCGGCAGCUGACACUUCUGUAGUCAGGAGGUGAGGGGAAAUUUUACAGUGUGAGGUCGCUAAGUAGCUCGACGGCAGCAGCAUCAUGGCGGAGCAAGGCGAAUCUCCGGCUGCUGUCCAAAAUCCGCAACCACUGCUGACAACGAGCUGGCCAAUUACCAGGGAGUCUUACGAGUUGCAGGAAGUCAUAGGCAGCGGGGCCACAGCCGUAGUCCAGGCUGCUCUCUGCAGUCCCAGACAGGAGCGAGUAGCCAUCAAGAGGAUUAACCUGGAGAAAUGCCAGACCAGCAUGGAUGAGCUGCUGAAAGAGAUCCAGGCGAUGAGCCAGUGCCACCACCCUAACGUGGUCACCUACUACACCUCGUUUGUGGUGAAGGAUGAACUCUGGCUGGUCAUGAAGCUCUUGAGUGGAGGAUCCAUGCUGGAUAUAAUUAAGCACACCAGCAAAGAGGAGCACCGAAACGGGGUGUUAGAUGAAAUCCUAAUUGCCACCAUCUUAAAAGAGGUUCUGGAAGGGCUGGAUUACCUGCACAGAAACGGCCAGAUCCACAGGGAUGUGAAGGCUGGGAACAUCCUGUUAGGAGAGGACGGUUCUGUUCAGAUUGCAGACUUCGGGGUGAGUGCCUUUCUGGCAACCGGAGGAGACAUGACCAGGAACAAAGUUCGCAAGACGUUUGUGGGCACGCCAUGUUGGAUGGCCCCGGAGGUCAUGGAGCAGGUACGAGGCUACGACUUCAAAGCCGACGUUUGGAGUUUUGGCAUCACGGCUAUCGAGUUGGCCACCGGCUCCGCACCCUACCACCGCUACCCUCCCAUGAAAGUCUUAAUGCUCACCUUACAGAACGACCCUCCCACCUUAGACACCGGUGUGGAAGACAAAGAGCUACUGAAGAAAUACGGCAAAUCCUUUAGGAAGCUGAUAACGCUGUGCCUUCAGAAGGAGCCUGCCAAGAGGCCGACAGCAGCAGAACUUUUGAAAUGUAAAUUCUUCCAAAAGGCCAAGAACCGAGAAUAUCUGAUCGAAAAGCUGUUGUGUCGAGCUCCCAAGAUCGCCCAGAGAGCGAAGAAGGUCAGAAGAGUUCCUGGCUCCAGCGGUCAUCUCCACAAGACCGAGGAUGGGGACUGGGAGUGGAGCGACGACGAGCUGGACGAGGGGAGCGAGGAGGGCAAAGCUGCUGUGAACCAGGGCAGGUCACGAAGGGUCAGAGACGAGAUCCAAGACAAUGAGGAGAGUGCCAACAGGGUUCCUAUUGAAGGCCUUUCAAUUCAGCAUCCCCAGGUUCAGCCGUUUGAGAACGCGUCCUACAUCCAAGGUGCGGUGAACAUGGUCCUGAGACUGAGGAACCUGAGGAAGGAGCUGAACGACAUCCGGUUUGAGUUUACUCCUGGGAGAGACACUGCUGACGGGGUCUCCCAGGAGCUGGUCUCUGCUGGGCUCGUCAACGGCCUGGAUGUUGUCGUCGUUGCUGCUAACCUUCAGAAGAUUGUAGACGACCCCGCUACCUACAGAGUGUUGACCUUUAGACUGGUGUCCGGGUGCGACGACACGGAGAUCCCAGACGAGAUGAAGCUGAUGGGGUUCGCCCAGCUGAGUGUGUGCUGAUGGUCCUGCUCAGGGCCUGCUCAGGGCCUGGCCGUACGCAGAGUAGCAGGUGAGGAGACAGACUGAGGAACACCUUCGAACCCCCCCCCCACCCCCCUCCCUCCCCCCACGCACACACCUGCCAUCCCCUCUCACUUGUCCUAAUGCCAGGCACCCCCCCCCCACACACACACACACACACACACACACACACACACACACACACACACACACACCCCUCGAGCGUCCUGCCGUCUCCCUCACCACCCUCUCACCACAUUCCACCGCCAGGCACACUCCCCAGACCGUGGAACUAACGAUGCUCUCAGGUGGUUAUAGCUGGUUAUAGGUGGUUAUAGGUGGUUAUAACUGGUUAUAGCUGGUUAUAGCUGGUUAAAGCUGGUUAUUUAAAAGUGUCUUAGGAUUACUCUUGUUGUUUAUUUAAAAAAAAGAAUUUUUAUUUGUGUUCUACUCUUCCUGUUUCCAUGGUGGUCAAAAAGAUGAGAUUCUUCCCACCUUGCUUGACAGACCCACUCAUUAUAAUAUGAAAAGGAUCCCUGUAGGUGUGUGUAAUGUACUCCUCAUUCAGAAUGUAAAUUGUAUUUUAUUUAUGGGAAAAAGCACAUUGAACAUUUUCCUGAUGAGAUAAUUAAUGUGUAAACGGAGAAGGAACUGUACUGUGUAUAGGUUUGUGUUAGCCAGUGAAACGAAGGGAGCCGUGUUCAGUGAAUGUGCAGCAGAAAAGGGACCUAGAAUCUGCCGUGUGUAAUCAGCUGCUUAUUCAGACCACAGUGUUGAUGCUUCAAUAUGCUCUAGGUGCCUUGUUCAUCUAUCUGUGCCUAAGAACUUAGGUAAUGAGUGAGACCUUCAACAAACAGAACUUGUUCAUGUUUGUGUUGAACCCAUUUCACAAACAUAAAUACAAAGCAAUGAUACUUUGGUUGUAUUUUACAUUUACAUUUACAUUUAGUUAUUUAGCAGACGCUCUUAUCCAGAGCGACUUACAGUAAGUACAGGGACAUUCUCCCCAAGGCAAGUAGGGUGAAGUGCCUUGCCCAAGGACACAACGUCAUUUGGCACGGCCAGGAAUCGAACUGGCAACCUUCAGAUUACUAGCCCGCUUCCCUCACCGCUCAGCCACCUGACGCCAUAGGUUUCCUCUCAAGUUGAUAGUCAUCCUGUAAAGACAAGCUACAAUGCACUUUGGGGUUAAGUAUAUGCAUCUGACAAACCAAUGCUUUGCCCUUGGAGACCCACUCUAGGAAUAGUAAUGACAGUUCAACCUGUAUGCUUGUCAUCAGACAAGGUCAUGUGAACCAUAAAUCAAUCCGUAAUCCUGUAAAAUGCUUUGAUUGAUGCGUAAAAAAAAAGAGCAAAAUUUACUGGAUAAACUGUAAAUGUUCACUUUCAUGCUCUGUCUUAAC